AUGUCGAACCUGGAGGCAGCGCAGAGUGGGCUGUUGGAAGAGGGAAUGGUGUGUCGCCAGGUUGUGCUCAAAAUAAAGCGCACUAGCUUUCAGGUACAGCAGUUCACGAAGAAUUUACCGCAGUACACUGAUGAUUUCGGCGUUCUCCGGCGUGCCGUGGAGGAGUUGCUGCUUCCGAUUGUAGACCAGUACGCCCUCUUGCGCCUGUUGGGCGUGCGGCUGACUGGCAUCAUCAUGAAGGAGGAGUACACAAACCGCGAGAAGCAGCACCGCAGCGGCAUGCAGCGGUCCCUCUCGCAGUACUGCAGUGAUGACGUCAGUGGGCCGCAGGCCACCACCUGUGGGGUGAAGCGCGAGAGAGAAGAAGACGGAAUGAGGGCCAGCAGCGGUAUUGAGGUGGUUGUUGUGUCCCAGGAAAAAGACGACGAAGGGGACAAUGACAGUGACGAUGAUGAUGUUGUGGUAUGCUUGACUCCACCAAAAACAGUGAGGCAGUCNGAAAAAGACGACGAAGGGGACAAUGACAGUGACGAUGAUGAUGUUGUGGUAUGCUUGACUCCACCAAAAACAGUGAGGCAGUCUAGUAAAGACAAUAGUGGUAAAAAUGGUGUCGAUGUUAUCAUAAUUGAUUGA